AUGUCCGACGCCGGCAGCUUCGAGGUCGUCCAGCACGAUGAGACUCCUAAGCCCGCCCCGUCCUCCCCGAGCACGAAGUCCACCGUCUCGACGGCUUCCUCUCUGAAGAAGCCCGGCUCGAGCUCCGGCGCUGCCACAGCCACUUCCUCCACCGUUCGCCGUCCCACCACCGCUUCGUCGACGAGCACCACUGCGACCAAGCCCGCCAGCACCUCGUCGGCUACCACUCGCGUCGCCGGCGGCCUGGCCAAGCCCCCCACCCGUCCUCCCGGCGGCACCUCCAGCACCUCGACCAGCACCGUUCGCAAGCCUGCAAGCAGCAUCUCGUCCACCGCCACCCACCGCUCGCGACCCAGCGUGUCGGCCUCCGAGGAUGAGUCCAAGAGAUCAAUCCGCCGCACCUCUGCCGUCCCGAGCAGCGGCGCCAGCGCUGUCGGCUCGCCCAGCAGGGAGAAGAGGACUUCGACCAUUGGUUCCGCCGCCGCCGCGAGGAAACCUGCCGCCUCCGCGACCACCUCCACUUCCGGCAGGCCCUCGUCGACCGUGUCGCGCACCCCGAACUCGGUCGCUCCUCGCCCCUCCUCCAUCAGCUCGCGCUCGUCGGCUGCUACUGGCCCGGUUGCCGAGGCCAAGAAGCGUCUCUCCACCGCUUCGACCUCCGCUGCCUCCUCCACUACCGCCCCGAGAUCCCGCACCUCGAUCCGUCCGGAUUCCUCGGGUGUGUCCGAGGCCCUCGGCAAGGAGGUCGAACAGCUCAAGGCCCAGCUCAUCGAGAAGGAGUCUCAGCUGGCCGAAAAGGAGUCCCAGCUGAGCGACCUCAAGACGCAGGUCCAGCAGUCGCAGGACAAGCUCACGCAGUACUCUGACGGAGUGAACAGGGAUGCCGUGCAGGUGAGGAAUGCUGUCCUCAAUAUUCAGAAGGCCCACCAGGACCAGGUUAUCGAGUUAAAAGCCAAACAAACCGAGCUCGCGAACCAGGUGGAUGAGGCCAAUGAACAUCUAAUGGCCACCGAUGCUGACUACGAGAAACAGCAGAGCGAGUACAAGGAGGCUGUCGCCGCCAAGGAGGCCGCCGAGGCGGAGCUCGCCGACCUGAAGCAGUCCCUCGAGACCCUCCAGGCCGAGCACGAGCAGAAGCUCAACGAGAGCGAGUCCGCCCUGCAAAAGGCCCUGGACGAGCACGCCGCCAAGAUCGAGGAGUUGCAGACCUCCCUGACCGAGGAGCACAAGUCGGCCAUCGCCGCCCUCGAGGCCAAGCACGCCGACGAGCUGUCCCAGGGGCUGUCCGCCACAACCGACCAGGAGGAGGCUCUGGCCAGGCUGAAAGCCAGCCACGAGGACGCCGUCACCGAGCUCCAGAAGAAGAUUGACGGCCUCACGGCCUCGCAGAACGAGCUCGAGGCCGCCCACGAGGCCAAGGUCAACACCGAGGUCGAGGCUCACAAGACCAAGCUCGCCGCCGUCGAGACCGAGAUUGCCGAGCUCAAGAGCAAGCUCGAGGCCGCCGAAAAGGUGGCCGAGCAGGCCAAGGCCGACCUCGACGCCAAGACGGCCGAGCUGGCCGAGGUGCGAGCCAACGUCGCCGACCUCGAGAGCAAGCUCACGGCCGCCGAGACGGACGUCGCCAAGGCCAGGGAGGAGGCCCUCGAGUUCCAGAAGCAGAUCGAGAGCAUCAAGGAGGAGAUCACCGCCAAGGAUGAGGCUCUCGAGAAGGCCAAGGCCGAGCAUUCUGCCCAGGUCAAGAAGCACGACGCCGAGCUCAAGCAGGUGUCCCAGGACUACGAAGAGGAGAUUGAGUCGCUCAAGGGAGACGCCUUCUUCAAGCGCAAGUUCCAGGAUCUCGAGGCCAAGCACGCCGAGCUCGAGACGGAGCACACUGCGCUCAACACAAAGCACACCGGGUUGGAGUCGCAGCAUGCCGAGUUGGAAUCGCAGCACGGCGCACUCACCGCCAAGCUCGGCGACCUCGAGUCGAAGCACACCGAGCUCACUAGUACGCACGGCGAGCUCACCAAGAGCCACGCCGAUGCCUCCGACAGCAACACCAAGGCCCUCGAGGCCGCCAAGGCCGAGCUCGCCGCCGCCGUCGCCGCUCUCGAGGCCAAGGAGGCCGAACAUCAGAAGGCUCUUGACGCCAUCCGCGCCAGCCACGCCGAGGAGCUCGAGGGUGCCAAGAGCGGCGCUUCCGCCGACAAGGACGCCCAGCUCGCCGAGCUCCAGAGCCUGAAGGACAGCCACGCCAAGCAGCUGGACAUUCUCAAGAGCGACAGCGAGGCCAGCUUGGCUAAAGAGAUUGAUGCGCUCAAGGCGUCUCACGCCGAGGUCGUUGGUGCGCUCCAAGCCGAGACCUCUGGCGAGAAGGAGAAGCUGCUCGCCGAGAUUGCGAGCGCAAAGGAGGCGGCCCUGGCCGAGAGCUCCGGCGACAAGGAGAAGCUCCUCGCAGCCCACCAGGAGGAGCUCGCGUCCAUCGCCGAGAAGCUGCGCGCCGAGCACGAGGCCGAGCUCGCAGCAGCCAAGGAGAAGCUCAUUGCCUCGCACCAGGCCGAGCUCGAGGAGGCGAAGAAGGAGCUCGCCGCAUCGCACAAGGCCGAGUUCGAGGAGGCCAAGGCCAAGCUGCUCGAGGCUCACCAGGCCGAGCUGGCCUCUAUCAAGCAGGCCGGCGACAGCGCCCACUCGGAAGAGCUCGCAACGCUCAAGAUCCAGCUCGACGAGGCGCUGGCCCGUAUCCGCGAGACGGAGACGUCGAGCGCCGCCGCUCUUGCCGAGGCCAAGAGAAAGCUCGACGACAGCCACACUGCCGAGGUCGAGAAGCUGCUUUCCAUGCACGCGGAGCAGGUGGAGGCUAUGAAGCAGCAGAGCUCUUCGGGCGCGCGGGCCGAGCUGGACGAGAUCAACAAGGCCCACUCCAAGGUUGUGGAGGAGCUGACGAGCCAGUACGAGGCCAGGAGCGAGUCCCUCGCCAAGGAGGUGGCCAAGAUCUCUGCCGACUACUCCCAGCUCGAGGCCGCCCUCCAGGAGGCCAAGCAAUCCGUCGCCAAGGCCGAGAGCGAGAAGUCCAAGAGCCAGUCCGGUGCGACGGAGCUCGAGGCGGCACUCAAAGCCGUCAAGGACUCCCUUGCCAAGGCCGAGGCCGAGAAGGCCAAGCUUGAGGAGGAGUGCGGCGAGCUCGGCGGGAUGAUCUCGACGGAGAAGAUGGCUCGCGCCGAGGCCGAGGCGGCCCUUGACGCCGUCAAGAACAAGACGCCCGACACAGCCGAGGCGGACAACCUCCGCGAGCAGCUCAACAACGUCAAGAAGGGGCUCGAGGAGGAGCUCAACGUCGUGCGGAAGAGCCUCGUCGCCGCCAAGCAGGAGGUCGAGGACGUCAAGGAGGACCUGAAGCUCGCGCAGAAGGAGCUCGAGGCAUCGAAGCUCGAGGCCGACAGACAGUCCAAGACGCACAAGGCCGACUACGCGGAGCUCGACGACACGAUGACCAAGAUUGUGGAAGAGGAGCAGACAAAGCGUCGGAUCCUGGAAGAGGAGAUUCAGGGCUUGAAGAAGACCCUGGCCGACAAGGAGAAGGGCGUGGAGGAGUUCCAGGCACAGCUCAAGGUGAAGGACGCCGAGAUCGCGGAGGCCAAGGCGAACGCGGCGGUUGCCAAGCCCAAGGGUCUUGCGGCCAGCAGAUUCGCGGACGGAGACGACGAGGCGGAGGGCGCAGCGGACAAGCCCGCGGAAGGUGAGGAAGAAGAUCAUUCCUCCGAGGCACUGGCUGUGUUACAACGAGCUAGAGUCAACGCGAACCAGAUCCACAACAUGGACCGCGACAUGCAGGAGAGGAACCUGGCCAUGCUGGAGUCCAUCACGGACUUCCAGCAGCCGCAACGGGUCGACAACUGA